CGUCUGCCGUGCGGACGAUCGUGCGUCGCUGCUCGUUUCACGUUUCGCGUCGCGGGUCGCGCGUGUGUUCCUCGAAAAAAAACGAGCUCUCUCGUCCGUUUGGUGAAAAGAAACGCGAGAUCGGCCGGGCCUGUCCACCGCAUUCCACGACAGCCACGACGAUUUCCCCGGUUACGCCGGGCAGCACCCGUAAUUCCCUCGUCGUGACUCAGACCCUUUUACUUUUCUUCGUACCUCGUGCUCUUGACUCGGUCUCUUCCGCCAGCGUGAACAUCGCGAUUCGACGUGUCCGUGAAACCGACGAAAGUCUCGAGAUCGUACGGCUCUCCGGUGUUCGCGUGUGCUCCCUCGUAUCUCCUCGGUCGAGCAGCGCGAGUGCGUUUACGUACGUUUGUGUGGGUUAAUGGUAUUCCGGUGCAUUCCUGGGGACCUUUUUUCUCCGUCGCUGGUGAACUCUUUUGUGGUGGUUCCGGGAAUGUUUCGUGGCCCCGUUCGGGGGAAACGGGGAGUGAGGGAACCGUGGUGAUUAACAGGUGCCCCGGCGGUAACCGUAACACGCCUUGUAAUCUUCGAAUUUUGUGGAUCGAGCGUGUAACGAUCGACCGCGUACACCCGAUUCUUCGACAAAGGUCAACGCGAUAGCCGGGACAAAAACAUCGAAGACGAUAGGAGGAGGGGAGAAAAAAAAUCACGGUUAGCGAGCCGCCGUAUCCCUCCCCCCCGAGGAGGGAGUCAGAACCGUGUAUUUGUUUUUCUCGAUACACACGUGUUCCGUGCCAGAGCACCCGAGAGAUACGUCUAUAUUUAAAGGAAUCGCUCGAGCAAGAAAUUUCGGUGCUCCGAUGACUGGGCGCGCUCUCUCUCUCUCUCUCGCUCUUGCACGCUCGAGACGGAAUCGUAAGGUGAAUUUGAGGAAACUCCCCGCUGGACCAGGAGGACACGUAUACCGCGUUCGAAAUAACUUCGAUGCGUCUGGGAGGUGUCAGAAUUCAUAUUCAGACGGACGUUGAGUACUUUAUUCGUGUAUCAUUGCAGUGGAAAAUUGAUUUAAAUAUUACGGGGAGUAAAAUAAAUCUCUCGAUGGUUGAAAAUGAUAGUUUCGAGUUCGUUUAUUGAACUAUGAUUUAUUUCGUUGAGUGACACAGUUAUUAGAACAGAGUUCCCCUCGUCCUCGUGUGAAAAUUGAUUUGAAUAUUAUGGGGAGUAAAAGAAGUCUCUCGAUGGUUGAGAAUAAUAGUUUCGAGUUCGUUUAUUGAACUCUGAGAUGAGUCGAUCGACGAGAGUACCUCCGGCCAGAUCAGCCCAGUAAUAUCGUGACAUGUGAGCGACUGCAGGAGACAGUCAUGUUGAACACAGAUAAUAUCGAGGAGUCCCCUAAACGGAGGUCGACGUUCUACGUGUCGUUGGACGGGGAGGCUCGUCAGCCGUCGAAGAUACCGAAAACCGUGACCACAGAGAGCGACAAGUUCGUCAGCAACACGUUCCCCAUCAGCACCUCGAAGACGACGCCGAACGUGAUACUGACGCGGACGUUGAGCAACAAUGAGUCGAUAUCCGCGAAGGGCUCGCGGGACGAGACGUUCCCGGAGUCCAGGGGCAAGGUGCAGUCCCUGACGAAGAUCUUCGAGACGCCCAAGAGCGAGCAGGUCGGCAACGGGUCCGAGCAGAGGAAGAAGGUCGAGAGGACCAGGUCGUUCAAGACCAUCGAGAGAUUCCAGAGCCGGUUCACGGGCAGGAAGGACGCCGGUAGAAAGGACAGCCGACUGAACAACACCAUAGCGUGCUUCGAAGUCGAGGAUGAGGACUCGAAGAAGAAGGGGGCGGAGAAGCAGCGUUCCUCUUCCGCGAAGAUCGUCGAGACCAAGGCGAACGGUUCGGCGGACACGAGGGCGAAACAGAACGGGAACACCACGUUCACGAACUUGCUGAUACGGAGGACGCACAGCACCAAGCUGGCCAGGAGCACCAGCACGCUGGUGAAGGUGGCGGGCAGGCACGCGUCGGUAGACAGCCCCUGCGCCGUCCCGACGCCUUCCAGGAACGAGAACCAUCGUUCCGGCAGCGAGAAGUCGAAAGACGACGAGACUCCCGACGAUUCUGUCGCGGACAACGACGAGGGCACGGAGUCCUCCGUGUUCGAGGACGCGGACGCGGACGCUGGGAUACAUUCAGAUACGUCCUACGAGAAGGCCUGUCGGAGGGGUAGCGCGCCUGCCACCCCUGUCCUCGGAGCACGACCCUUGGACGUCACCCCCAACAGAAUCGUCAAUUUCUUCUCGAAGAGGUCGUUCCGCUCGAACCCGCUGAAGAGGACGAAAAGCGUGACGAAGCUCGAGCGACAGAAGCAACGCGGCGCCGGUCUUCGGGGUUGUCGUUCACACGAGUCCCUCCUCUGCGGACAGGCGGUGACCUCGAUGGACCUCGCGGCCGUGACACCGCUGCAUCCGAGCCUGCUUGGCAGACCUCACUGCUUCCAGGUCACGCCCAGCACCGGUGGGCCCAAGUAUUUCAGCUGCAGGACCGCUCACGAACGGGACCAGUGGUUACACAGUUUAAGGAAAUCGGUUCAACCCGACGCAGAGCAGACGCGACGAACGGACAACUCCCUGCAGAUUUGGCUGCUGGAGGCGAAGGGCGUGCCAGCGAAGAAGAGAUAUUUUUGCGAGGUCUGUCUAGACAGCACCCUGUACGCGAGAACCACCGCGAAAUUGAAGGCGGACCUGUGCUUCUGGGGCGAGCACUUCGACUUCCACCAUCUGCCCUCCGUCAACACCAUCCAAGUCAAUCUGUACAGGGAGGCGGACCGCAAAAAGAAGAGGGACAAGAAUGUUUUGAUCGGUUCCGUCAGCAUACCCGUGCACAUCGUGACGUCGCGAUACCUGACGGAGAAAUGGUACCCCGUGGUGGGAGACAAAGGUCCUUUGAAGGAGCCCCCAGCGUUGAGGGUGAAAUGCCGCUUCCAGUCCGUGGACAUACUACCAGUUCAGGUGUACCAGGAGUUCCUGGAAUACCUGAAGACCGACUACAAACCUCUCUGCGAGAAAUUGGAGCCCGCGAUCGGCGUGAAAGCGAAAGAGGACAUCGCCACUGCUUUGGUAGCAGUCAUGCAACGGGAAAAGAAAGCGCCUCAGUUUCUUGCUGACUUGGUCAUGAUGGACAUACACAGAAUAGACGACGAGAGGCUCACCUUUCGAGGAAAUUCCUUAGCCACGAAGGCGAUGGAGGCCUACCUGAAGUUGACGGGCGAUAGGUACCUGCAGGAGACCUUGGGAGCGGUGGUGAGGGGCGCGGUGGAGGGUGGCGACUGCGAGGUGGACCCGUUGAAGGUAGCCUCGGUGGCAGCCCUUCACAAACAACAACAGAAUCUGAGGAACGCGGUGGAGCUAGCCUGGAGCAGGAUACUGGCCAGCCACGCUCACUUUCCUCUCGAGUUACGCGAAUGCUUCCGUAUAUUCCGCGAACGGUUGCAAGACAUGGGCAGGGAGGACAUUGCUGACAAUUUGAUCUCCGCGUCCAUAUUCCUCAGAUUCCUCUGCCCCGCCAUACUCAGCCCAUCUCUGUUCAACAUUACUCACGAAUACCCGAACGAAAAGGCAGCGAGGAACCUCACCCUCGUGGCCAAAACUCUCCAAACGCUCGCGAACUUCACGAGAUUCCAAGGAAAAGAGAACUUUAUGGAAUUCAUGAACGACCUCUUGGAGCGAGAAGCUCCGUCCAUGAAAAACUUCCUUCAACUCAUCAGCAGCCCACUACCAAAGGACGCUCCGGCCAACAAUUCCCUGGAAUUCGACGGCUACAUAGACCUGGGGAAGCAGUUGUCCCUGUUGCACGCGUUACUGCGUGAAAGUUUAGUCACGAUAACUUCGUCGUCGUCGCCACUGCCACCGCCCAGGCUGCCAGAGAUCUUGGAAAGGAUCUCCCUGGCCCUGGAUCAGCCGGGUCCCAGUCCAGUGCCGGCAUCCCACCGCUACCCGAAUUUGCAGAACAACAUCUUCCGUUACAACGAUCCCACGAUCGCCAACAGCAACACGAAUCUCUCCGUGUCGGCGACGUCGACGCUGAGCAACCACAGCACGCUGAACGGCACGAUCAGAGACAGCAACGAGGUAUUGCAGGCGAACACACUUGGCCACAACAGUUCCCGGAGUCCAAACGUCGCCAGGGCCGCCACUCUUCCCAGGAACGCGUACAUGCCCAACAACGGGAAGCUUCAGCUGCAGAUCACCACCGACGACUACCCUCUGGAGCCACCAGCCUUUGUGUCCCGUUCGCCAACGCCUAUCGUGAGGCAGCACAGGGCGAUAGGGUCGAACAGAACCGGCGCUGGGUACAGACUAACAGCUAGCGCCAGUUUAGCGAACGUGAAUCACUGUCAAACGCAUCCCACCAGUCCCACAAGAUCGGAGAGUCACAGCAAUCUGAAGGAUUCCAACUACAACAUCACAGCGCCGCAGAACAAUCAGUCGAACAUCUGCACGAUCGUCGCCCAGCAGCAGCAACAGCAACAGAACCACCGACACAACAUCGCGCGGCUCCAAAACAUGGACAUCCACGACAGGGAGGACAACUACAACCACAACAACUACAACGUUUCGAGAUCGACCAGCAGGAAUCACUGCAACAAAGAGGAGAACGCGAACCAGACGCAGCACCAGAACUACAACAACGUCUCGAAGACCACCGUGAACGCGAACGUCAUGGUGAACCCGUCCUCGAACCUCACGCUCUCUAUCAAUCAUCAGCCGAACAACAAUUACAACAAUAGCAAAACUAGCAAUACUGCCAACGGUAACCUGGACGAGCUGUCCGACCUGCUCAGGUACGCCGACGACGAGGUCUCGGAGUCCAAGUCGCAGAAGGGAUCGCAGAUCUCGAUCUCCCAAUUGAGCAACGUCGCCUCGUCCGGCUACCAAAGUUUCGCUGCUUACAGUCAGAGCUCCAGCCCCGUUGAUCUGAGUAGCAACAACGCGAACGCUCACAUACUCAGCGCGGCGCCGCUCGCGUUCGCGAACCCCGUCUACCACAUGGAACCAAAUCACGGUAGGAACGGCAGGAGAGGUAGCACCAGCUCCGAGGAGAGAGAAGGAAGCGGCGGAGGCGUCGAGGGCGUAAGAGGCGUCGAUCUGAGCCCGUCACCACCGCCGCAGAACAACGUCAGGAACCUGCAGAGGAACAGUCAGAACCAGUGGAGGCAAACCAACCAGGCGCACAGGAACAACUCCGAACAGAACCAAAGCGGCUGCUGCACCAAACUCAGGAGGAGGCUGUCGCUGGACUCCACGCGGGAUCUGUCCGACACCAGCGAGGAGGAAAGCUGCACGACCAGGAGGAGCAAGUCACGCAGUCACCGUAGCAUCGAUCAGUACGAAGUGGAAAUCGAGAGGCUGCAGAGUAGCGUAGAUCGACUGAGGGCACGGUUAGACGCAACCGAGGAUACCGAUAUUGACGGGAUUGCACCGGAUACCAAGAUGAAGAGCAUCAUCUCCAGGUUAAUCUCUGUGGAGGAGGAGCUGCGGCGCGAACAGCAGAAGAUGUCGGCCGCGUUGUCGUACAAGCAGCGCGUGAUCGACGCGCAGGAGCAGCAAAUAGCCGCCCUGGACGCCGCGAAUUCGCGUCUGAUGACGUCAAACACAAGACUGUUGUCCGCAUUGAGCACACUGAAGCAACGCUACAACGCGAAGACCCAGUCGAGCAACGAGGCAGCCGCGUUGCUGCAGAACAUCGCAGACAUCGGUGAGCUGAAGAGCUCGUCCUGUUGAGGACCCGCGAGGCCACGCACCGGGUGAACCAACGGACAUGGAAGGGACUAACGAAGAACGGGUUACGAUCGUUAGAUACGUACCUCGUAUUAAAUGAAACGAUCUUCGUCGCGAUAUCAGUUUUGGGGAUUACCCCAGCGCGAGGUUAACGCGGAGUCUAGCUCGGUUGCUUGAGGAGGAUGCGCGCGCAACUCUGGGUCCUCCCUCGUUCAAAUCGCGCGCCACGAUUGGGCGGUACUGGCUCGACAGGCUCGACAAAAUCCCUGCAUGGACCAAAGUUUUGGGAACGAAGGAUAGACCUUUUGAAUUUCGAUAGUAGAAAAAACGGAGUAUUUUGAAUAAUUUUCGAAGGUGAAAGUGCUUUCAGAAUAGGGUUGAUUCUUCAGUUUGUUGGGGCACCUAGAUUAUGCAUCCAAUUUGUAAUGCUUGAUAAUUAAAUUUGUUUUUUUUUUUGGGAUCUUCUGGUCCACAAUGUUCUUCGAACUUACGUAGUACCUUAUAUGGAAUAUUGAAGCACCAAGCGAUAUCUAAAGGCUAGAUUGGAACUUAUAAAUAUUGAAUAUAAUGGAAACCUCUGUUCACCAAAGUUUGUUCCAUGUAGUAGCCUCAUCAUAGAGUGGUGGAGACGAGACCAGGUCCUUGGUCUAUCAUCUAGACAUGGACAACUGGACUGUCCAGCGAGCAUUUGACUUUUUAGCAAGAAAUGACUGGUGUGGAUCACGCACACACACAUACACACAUGCUGCAGUAGUAAAAGUAUUAAGUCUACGAUGUCACGUGCCUACUACUGCAAUCAAUCCUCAUCCAUAGUUUCCUAUUGUGACAUCAAAUGCUCAAAUCAAACUUUACCCUUGCAGGUACAGGCUCAACAAAGCCUGAUCUAGGCCUAUACCUCCUAAGUAAAAAAGGCGUAUCUCGAGUACUUGUUUUGUUUCUUUUUAGAUCGUACUGAUCAUCUUAAUUUUCUUUUAAUUUUCUUUUAUAUACGUCUAACUUCAUUAACACUCUAACGUUCUUUGCGUUUAAGAUAAGUUUAUUUCGUUAUGGAAGCAUGUAAAAUAUAGUUCUGGUUAUCCUAGGAUACGCAAAAGUGAAAUGCCUUUUUGGUUUAGGACGGUAGCAUAGCCUAACUGAUUGGUAUCGUCUGAUACCGUGAAAGUAAGAGUCUGACAAGGAUUUUAUUGAUCUUGUCGAGCUAUACCUUCCGAUCGUCGUGUGCAGAGACAUUGAAAUCCCGUAAACUCGCGAGUGCGUUAGGUUUGACGAACCUAGGUAACGAGAAACUCGUUCGAGAUUUAUAGAGAAGAGAAGGGGGGAGAGCGAGAGGCGUGUGCGAAAAUAGAGGCUACCUAGUGAAUAGGCAAACGGUUUAAGUAGAUAAUUUACGUCGAACUUCAUGUGACAUAGCGUUAGGAUUAAUUAGAGCCGGGUAAUCCGCUAGCCUCGCGUCGUUUGCAAUCGAGAACAGUGACGAGAGAUUUGAUCGACGCCUGGUCGCUGAUUUCUUGUUUUUUUUUUUUUGGCGAACUCGUCCCCCGGCGACUUUCCACCGUUCGACGCGAACGAGCCUGAAAGUCGAAGCAUCGAAGGGACGCGGUUUCGUUCGAUAUAAAGGCUUGGCCCUUUCGGUGCUGAAAUUCGAAAACUGCGAUUGUAUUUGUUAAGCACGGUGGUUCGACGCCAUUAAAUUGGUUCGUAAGCGUCCCCCAAGCACCGAAAAGGUUAGGAUCGUUCGAAAUAUAUUGAUCAGCGAGGUCGAUCGAUACAUCUGGCCGGUGGUCGAAACACCGACGCAGAGACGAGUCUCUCAUUUCCGUUCUGUCACUUCCGUUUCUUUUUUUUUCUUUUUUUUCUCAUUUUUAUUUAGCAUCGUAUGUACCUUGACGCACAGCCGCAUGCACCGUAACCGCCUAGCAUGACAUACGAAGAUUGUAACGUGUAUAUUGCACCGACGUGCAAACCGCGCCCUUGAGCACCGAGUCGUACUUCGGGGACACCCCUGUAUAUGCGUGUACAUUUUUUCUAGUUUCCGUUUUCGAGCGCCGCCCGGUCGCAGCGAACCUGGGAUCCCCCGUUCGAGCGCGGCGGCCAUUUUCACGGGACGUUCAGCGCCACCUGUCGCGCGCGAAACACCGAUUCUUACUUUAAGCGACGAUAUUUAUUUAGUAGUUUCUACCAAAGAUGAGUGUUUUCGUUGUAAAAAGAAAAGAAACAAAAAAAAAAUGGAAAAACGAAGGGGGAGCGAAUUUAUGUAAGAUAUUUCGUUGUGUACCGCGACCGAGGUGCCGGUGCGCGGCGCGAGAAUUCGAAUACGAAUUUCUCCGAAUUGAGAAUCGAUAUUUUUUUUUCUAUUUUUUUUUUUUUUUUAAAUUAGUUUUGCACAAUCGAUGCGUUCAUGCAUGACAAUUAAGACGCUUGACGGUCUCGUUUGUUCGCAAGCGUUAGCGCGAGUUAAUGUUUUUACAUCACAACCAACAAAUUCUUAUUGUAGCCGUUGUGUAGGAGCGAGAUGCACGCAUGCGAGAUCGAAAGACUGGAGAGAAUGGAGAAACGAGAGCGAGAGUGAAUGCGGACGAGCGAAAGAAAUGAGCGAAUGUGUUCGAGCGUGUGCGGUGGAUGCAUGUACGAAUGGGAGAAAACGCGCGUGGAAGCGAGUGAGAAAAGAUUGCGAUUCAGUCUAAUCUCAUUUAAAAAAAAAAAAAGUAUUAUCUCGUCGACUUGUACCAUAGCUUAUUGUCGGGCGUUUUGUGAGAGCGUUUUAUUUUCUCGCCUUUCGCCGAUUAUUUUUGUAUAGAGAUAUCUAUCUUCCCCGUUUCUUUCACUGUUCCCCGAUCCACCUUUUUUCCCGCACUCGAUCCCCCCCCCACACCUUUUGUACUUUCUUUGACGCGAGCUGAAGCUGUUUUCAAUCGUCGUGUGUUGACACUAUGAAAUUAAUAUAUUUAACGGUAUUUCCCCUUCCUCCCUUUCCCUCUUGUUGGACGAUGUAAUCG